CCCUUUCCGUGAUUCUCAUCAUCACUCCAUCGUCGUCAGCAUUCCUUUCCUCUAAGUUUAGAAUGCCUCGAGUGAAGAAACUCACGCAGCAUUUAAGAAGAAUAGCGCAAAAACCCAAACCACCCCCGCCUAUUCUUGACCCAGUCUACCAAGGACAGCAGGAGGAGAACGUCAUUUAUGUGCCUGUGAAAGCGGGCUAUGAGAUACAGGAGUCAAGUCGCGAUAUUGAGGAAUGGAAUGCUGUUCUCGCGGAAUCGGACAGUGAUGGACCUGCUGAAGACGACACUGAUGACGAGGAUUGGCAGGCAGUCAGAAGAACUCUCAGGAAUAACGAGGAAUGGGAUGAACUCCUUACGAGUAUGCGAUUGGCAGCUGCUUCAGUGAAGACGACAAAGCCUUACGAUGGAACCACUCGGCAAAACUUGCACCACCGAAAGAUGGUCCUCAAAAGGGCAGCAGUAAGCUCCCCUCCCCUCUCUACAUUUGGGUUCACUGUGCCAACACUGACAGCUCCUCGCCGGAAGAGAGUUGUCCAGGAAUUUGAACCUUCAGGUAUGAUAACUGGAUACUGUGUGCCUAUAAUAUAAAUUAUUAAUAUAUUAAUACUAACAUAUAUGUAAUAUCACCUUUCGGGAAUGUAGAUGUGCGCCGCAAUGCAGGGAUGGUAUUGGAAAUUCAAGGUUACUUGG